GGAGAGACUCCUCUUGGCAUCAUCCAAGCAGGGAGAAUGUUCUCCGAUAUGAUUCCAAACAGCUUAGAAGGUACCAAAUGAUUCUUCAAUCAAAAUUUUCUGACACGCUGACCCUCAGGAGGGUUCUUUGGAGCUCUAGGGACGUCUUGGAUUCGUGCAGUUUCAUUUUUUGUACGAAGUACCGGCCUUUAUUGUAGCCAUUUUGGCUUCAGUGGAGUCAUCCAUCCGGAGGAAACACUCCUGGAGACGAUGACACAUGCCAACUCGGUGCUUUGUGCCCAAGUGAGUCCUUUUCUUGCUUUGCCUGUCACCAACACAAGGACCAGAAUCUCUUUGGAUUCCUUGGUGAACUGCCCAGCGAUCAGGGACUACAGGUCUUUGAGCCGUCCAGACACUCCCCACUGGAUCGUGACCUUGAGCCCGAUCUCCAUGCACUUGGAUGCGGAGGUUGGAGAAUUGCUCAAGCCCUUCGGAGUGCGCAAGAUGACCAGGGUGUCUGCACAGGAGAUCAACUUCGCCGUGAGUUCGAAGAAGAUUGCAAGAUGCUUCAGAGCUCUCAAUGGCGUACUAACCAUCGGCGGUCGCGAGCUCGAGGUGACUAUUCGCAAAGCAGUUUCAGCCGAGAGGGUUGAACCAGCUGUUGGUGGCCUACAAGCUCAUCAGCCGAUGAUUGCCAAAGACAACGCGAAGUCAUCGAUGUCGCAAUUCCGCUCUGAAGGCAUCCCACAAGAAAAAAUCGACAGUGCGGAAGAGAUGGGAGCCAACGCAAAGUCAUGGAUCGAAGGACUGCCACAAGAAGAAGAUACCAGUACCGAAGAGAUAGCAGUCAGCGAGAAGUCUUCGAUGUCGCAAUUCCGCUCUGAAGGCAUGCCACAAGAAAAAAUCGACAGUGCGGAAGAGAUGGCAGCCAACGCAAAGUCAUGGAUCGAAGGACUCCCGCAAGAAGAAGAUACCAGUACUGAAGAGAUAGCAGUCAGCGAGAAGUCUUCGAUGUCGCAAUUCCGCUCUGAAGGCAUGCCACAAGAGAAAAUCGACGGUGCGGAAGAGAUGGCAGCCAACGCAAAGUCAUGGAUCGAAGGACUGCCACAAGAAGGGGAUACCAGUACCGAAGAGAUAGAAGUCAGCGAGAUGUCUUCGAUGUCUCAAUUCCGCUUCGAAGGAAUGCCACAAGAAGAAACCAGUCGCGAAGAGAUGGCAAAGUCACUGCUGUGGCAGCUACUCUCUGAAGGGAUGGGACGCAGGUGAGAUAGUCCUUGCUCACUUGAAAGCCAUCCCGUUUGAUGAUUUCUGUGCAGUUUAUUUUUACGUUGAACAGUUGAACCUCACUCGUAGACCCGCGGGCUGUUACCGGGAUGAUCGACAAUUAACAUCAAUUAUAUCA